UUGCAUAUAAACAAAACAUGGCAAAUGAAAUGAGGCCUAGGGAUUCGAUCCCUUCCUACAUUUAUUUCAGAUAAGCUCAACUCCUCCGAUUCAGAAACACAAACCCCAAUUGAGUGCUGUGGUAAAUGGCGUAUCGGAAGCAGCUUCUUCUUGUAAUGGUGAGGGUCACAAUAUUUAUGAUUUCUCUGGUAAAAUCAGGGGAGGCAGAGGUAGAGGCAGAGGCAGGGGAAUGCAAUCCUCCAUUAUUCGCCUUCGGAGCUUCCAUGUUAGACGUUGGAGAGAAUGAGGCGGCCAUGCCAGGGCGGGAGGCCUCUGAAUUCCCUCCUUACGGCCUCCAUUAUUUCGCCCGUCCCGCCGCUCGCUUCAGUAACGGCCGUCUGCUGAUCGACUUCAUUUCUCAGGGUUUGGGGUAUGGUCUGGUGGAUCCAUAUCUCAGAUCGGUGGGGUCUAAUUUUAAGCAUGGUGCAAACUUUGCAUCUUCGGGAGCUACUCUCGCCAAUUCAACGGCCCCUGCCGACGGGAGUAACAGUGGCGGCUUGUUUUCGCUCUCUGUUCAGAUCGAUCAGUUUGGUUUCUUUAAAGCUGCCGUGUUAGCCUUCAAUCAUACCGAGGGCUUUAGGGAAAGCAUCUUGAACAUUGAAGACUUCUCAGAAGGAGUUUAUAUAAUUGAAAUUGGUCAUAAUGACUACAUACAAUUUGUUUCCAAAAAUCCUGAUCAUAAUGUGCACAGAUUUUUGACUAAAACUAUCCACCUUAUGAAGGAGGCACUUCUGAGGCUCUAUAAUGAAGGUGCUCGGAAAAUAGUGGUAUUGAAUAUGCUCCCGCUGGGUUGUACGCCUGGUGUACUUGGAUCCAUCAAGCCUGUAAAAGAACUUCAAGAUGAAUAUGGGUGUUUGCUAUCCUUUAAUAAUUUGGUUAAUCUCUACAAUCAACAAUUGGACAUUUUAUUGAAGGAAUUGCGUCUGGAAUUAUCCAAUGCACAGUGGAUACUAUUUGACAUCCACACCGUUAUCUGGAAUGUUGUUCGCUAUCCUGCAUUAUAUGGAGUGAAGAACCCAUUACAAGCUUGUUGUGGGCCUCAAGAUGGAUAUUAUAAUUUUGAGUCAACACAACAAUGUGGUUCACCAAAUGCAACCGUAUGUAAAGAUUCGACUCUUCAUAUAUUUUGGGAUGCUAUACAUCUAUUGGAAUCUUUUAACUCUCUAUUGGGAAAAGAAUUUUUAGAAGGAAAAAGCUUAAUUCCAAGUUUUAUAGUAAGAGAAAGUUGUAAUCUUUUUAAUAAGAUAAAGUUGUAAUGUGUUAAAAUAAAGAUAAUUGUUAUGUUUGUAACUAUAAUAUUACAACAUAUUGUUAUUAUUCGUAUUAUUUUUUAUCAAUCUAAAUUCAUAGAAACAU